AUGGGCGGAGGAUGGUGGAGAAACCAUGAAGGCAUUUUGAGGACGAUGUUCAUAUUGUUUUUAGGCCAGGUUGUGUCUUUUGACAUAGCCAUUAUGAGCUUCACUGCCUCUUUAGUUGCCACUGAAGGAGUUGAUGCACCUCUGACUCUGUCAUUCUUUAGUUACUUGGCUCUGGCUCUGGUGUAUGGAAGUGUCAUGCUGUACCGGGGCCAAAAAUUGCUGGUUCCUUGGUAUUGGUACGUUCUCCUAGGAUUUGUUGAUGUCCACGGCAAUUAUCUUGUUAAUAAAGCUUAUGAAUUCUCAUCAAUUACAAGUGUGACGAUAUUGGAUUGUUGGACGAUCCCAUGGGUAAUAUUGCUCACAUGGAUUUUCCUUGGCACAAAAUAUUCCGGGUGGCAAUUCUUUGGUGCAGCAAUUUGUCUUGCAGGACUUGGUCUGGUGAUUCUUUCAGAUGCUUGGGACGAGGGGGGUGGAGGUGGUUCGAAACCUCUUUUGGGUGAUGUACUUGUCAUUGCAGGGACAAUUUUUUUGGCACUUAGCAAUGUUGGUGAGGAAUUUUGCGUCAAGAAGAAAGGUUUUGUUGAAGUAGUCACUAUGAUUGGUUUGUUUGGUAUGCUCGUGAGUGCAUUUGAGAUCACUAUAUUGGAGAGGAAGAUCUUUGAAUCAGUGACGUGGUCUGCAGAAAUUAUGGCAGCCUUUGCCGCUUAUACGGCAUCAAGCUUUAUGUUCUACACACUUGCUCCUUUUGUUCUACAGAUGAGUGGAUCCACACUGCUUAAUCUCUCUCUUCUUACAUCUGAUAUGUGGGCAGUUGUCAUUAGAAUAUUUUUCUACAAGCAGAAGGUUGAUUGGUUAUACUUUCUCGCUUUUGCACUAGUCGUCAUUGGAAUUGUCAUAUAUUCUAUAACCAAGAAGGAUCCUGAAAGCAUGCCAACUAUUCAAGAUGCAGACCAUAAUCCGGCAUAUCGUCUCCUUGAUGAAGAAAAUUCAGAUACUAGAAAUGACACUGCUGUUUCAUUAUGA